GUCAGACUUUAUGGGAGGAACUUGACUGAAGUGCGCUAUACGGUCAUUUCUCUUUCAGCAUUUCUCCACGGAGGGGUUACCAUUUAAAGACAGAUCUUUGAUGUUAAUGAUCAUAAAAUCAAGGUGGGUUUAUUGGAAUUAACUUUUUGUGUAUGCAGGCCUACUUUUAAUUCAAAUCUCGAAUCAGAUGUUCGAACCUUGAGAUACAUGAAACAUUUUCUGUAGUUUUUUCUUUAUUCUGGUAACCUACUGUCAAUGCCGUGGCUCAUGCUGCGGCGUCGCCAAGAGAGUCGGGAGACUGAGGUUGGUGUGGACAUUCUGGGAUAACUUCCAGAGCACAAGUCAAGAGAGGGAGACGCGUUUCCGAGAGUAGCAAGUCAGUGGUUAUGGACAGGUUUCCUGCUGGAUUUGGACUCAUUCUGCGUAAAGUUUCUUUCUUUUCUCGGGUGGAAAGCCUUUCAUUUGCAUGCGCGAAGCUCUGCACGUGCAGCUAGUUGUCUUUUGAGGAUAAAUAACUUUCCUAGUUUUGUUCCGAACUUUUUUCAAUGAAGAAGCUUUUUGUGUGAGUAUCACAUGUGUAGUUUUGGAAUAAUUGCAUUAUGACAUUAGUUACAUUUCUGACAUUUAUUAUGUAGCGUAAAUACCACGGAGCAGUAAACUGCGUUUGAGAUAACGGUUCUGGAUACAACGGGAUGAUCGCUGAUAAAACCAGUGAUAUAGAGGUGGAUGACAGACCGUGAUAGUUUCCUAUAAUACCUCAGUGUUCAUGUGGCAGCCAGGUUGAUACAGACAGUAAAGUAGGGCUGUGCGUUACUUGGUGUUCCGCUGUGAAAAGUAAAGGUAUGCUCUGAAACACGACACAGUAGUGUAUGCACCUUUCUUACAUUCUAGUUUUGCAUCCGUUGUUAAAUACAAAUGCACUAAGCACGCACCAAGAUCUCAUGUCCAUUGCUGGAUAUUUCACCCUCUUCCUUUACCGGAGUGUUUUCUUUGAUUUACAUUUUUAAAAUGCGGGGAGAGUUUGUCCUGGGUAUGGCCUUGCUGAGUCUGCUAACAUGGGCAGGUGAAGCCGACAGACAGGCGCACCUCAAACGGAUUACUUUGCGCCGUCGCACCAGACUGGGGCUUCUUCAGCCGUUUGGUUCAGGCAGGGGCCGCACUGUCGCCGGCUUGCGCCCUGGUACUUCGCCUAUAAACACAGGGUCCGGAAUCAAACGAGGAGAGACCAUGCAGGCUGACCAGAGCUCUGGUCCUCCCGCCAGUGCUGCAGCUGGACAGAGCAGAAGGGGAGGAAUGAUCUCGCUGGCAGGGGCUGGGAGGAGGGGGGCCGGGUUGGUUCAGGCCGGAAACCCACCACAGCCUGGCGUGCUCCAGGAUGAGGGCACUCCCUGGGCGCGGGCCAGAGUCGCCAGAAUGCCCAACAACGCCGGCUCGCCUAACCUCCUGGCAAGCUUUGCGGGGAAAAACCGGGUCCUGGUUAUCUCGGCACCCCACGAGUCAGACGGGUAUUACCGGCUGAUGAUGUCACUCCUAAAGCCAGACGUGUACUGCGAGCUGGCAGAUCGCCAUGUGCAACAGAUCGUGAUGUUCCACGAGGAGGGGGAGAUGGGCGGGAAGGUGAGGCGGAUCACCCAGGAAGGCAAAGUGAUGGAGGAGCCGCUGGACACAGCCCUCAUCCCCCGACUCAUGAGCUUCCUCAAGCUAGAGAAAGGCAAGUUUGGAAUGGUGCUUCUGAGGAAGACCCUGCAGGUCGAGGAGAGGUACCCCUACCCCGUGAGGCUGGAGGCCGUGUACGAGGUCAUCGACCAGGCGCCCAUGAGGAAGCUGGAGAAGCUGAGGCAGAAGGGCUUCAUCCAGAAGUGUAAAGGAGCGGGGGUGGAGGGCCAGGUGGAGGAGGGCACAGCGACUGGUGGACAAGUUGACAUGCCCAUAGCUAGGAGGCCUGACAGGAAGCAAGUAAUGAUGAGGCCAGCAACUGUCUCCACGACAACGACAACAACUACCACAACCACAAAACCCACAACCAUCACAACAAGAGCUACUACAACCACAAAACCCACAACCACCACCACAACUAAAUAUACUACAACCACAACUAAACCUACCACCACCACCACAACUAAACCGACCACAACCACAACCACAACCAAACCUACCACCACCACAACCAAACCUACCACAACCACAACCAAACCUACCACAACCACAAGGCGAACAACGACCACCACAACCAAACGCCCGACUACCACCAAACAGACCACCACCGUCACCACUCCAAGACCCACCAAAGCCCAGACCACAGCCCAUUGGCUGCCAGCCUCCCGCAGGGAGGGGGAGAGGCACCCGCCCAAGACCACCCCUGCUGGAGAUAACCGCACGGACAAGAAGGAAGGAAAGGAAGCCCACAGCCGUAAACAGGACGGGCUGGUGCCCACCUCUCACAAGCCCACCAAGACCAAGCCCACCAAGAGGAAGAAUGGAGGAAAGUAUUUGAAUAACGAGUAUGAGGAUAAGCAUGAGGUGGGCCAGCCAACAGCCAGCAACCCCGAGGAGCCAGAGGUCGCCCUGGAGGCCACCCCGGAGAUCACCCCCACCAAGAGGGUCAAAGUCAAGCACGACAAGAACGACAAGAAGAAGAAAAAGAGCGAUAGACCGGACAAGGCUUCCAAGAGAGAGAAAACAGAGAGGAGAGCCAGGAAGCCAGGGAAGGAAGGGAAGAGCAACGGAAAGAAAAACGGCAAAAAAGUAUCCAAGCACAACGAGAAAGAGGAGUACCAGAAGCCCACCAAGAAGCCCCCCCCCGUUAAGGGAUCCCUGGCCACCUUCCUCGACUACUUUGAGGGCAGGAGACGGCUGGUGAUCAUCACAGCCCCCAGUGAGGAGAGCAGCAUGUAUGUGCAGCAGAGGGAUGAAUACCUGGAGAACGUGUGCGAGAUGGCCAUCCGGAAGGUGUCCAUCAUUACGAUCUUUGGCUCCCUCACCAACUCCACCAUGAAGAUUGACCAUUACCAGCUGGAGAAUGACAAGACGAUGAAGGGCCUUCGCCAGGAGGAUCUGGUGAACCAGGAUCUGAUCACAGAGCUGAGGAAGGACUUUGGCAUGACCUACAAUGACUUCUACAUGGUCGUCACGGACACCGACAUGAGAGCGAAGCAAUUCUACGAGGUUCCCAUCGCCAUGAAGGCUGUGUUUGACUACGUGGACACGUUCUCCUCUCGUAUCCGGGAGAUGGAGGAGCAGAAGAAGAACGGAGUGGAGUGUAAGAAGGAGGACAAGCCCAGGUCACUCGAGAACUUCCUGUCCAGGUUCCGUUGGAGGCGUCGCCUGUUUCUUAUCUCCGCCCCUAACGAUGAGGAGUGGGCCUAUCAGCAGCAGCUUUAUGCUUUAACGAGCCAAGCCUGUAACCUGGGCCUAAGACACAUCUCCAUUCUGAAAUUGGUCGGCAUGGACGCAGCAGAUAUGGGAGGCGUCUUGGAGCUCUAUCCUAUCAAUGGCAGCGCCACCGUGGAUCGAGAGGGUCUGUCUGCCACCCUGGUGAAGGACAUCAGGAACUACUUCCAGAUCAGCCCGGAGUACUUCUCCAUGCUGCUGGUGGGCAAGGAUGGCAACGUCAAGUCCUGGUACCCCUCGCCCAUGUGGUCCAUGGCCAUCAUCUACGACCUGGUGGACUCCAUGCAGCUGCGGCGCCAGGAGAUGGCCAUCCAGCAGUCCCUGGGCAUGCGCUGCCCCGAGGACGAAUACGGGGGCUACGGAUACCAUCACCAUGGUUACGACGGCUACCAGGAUGCCUACCACCAGGGCUACGGUUACUAAGAUGGGGUUUGAAGUGGGUGCGGUCUAUAUAGUGCCUUUCUGUUGUAGGAUUUAGUUGCCAAUGGAAUGAGGAAGUUCCAUAGUGGCUUCUGGUCGUUACUCUCGCCCCUGUCCCUAGUCAGCACUCAUCUGGGCCUGGGGUUCCUAAAAUCUUUGUAGCACUUAUAAAAGGCAUUUACCAUAUUGCUUACACGUAUACAGUUCUUUUACAUCUGUAAGAACCUAGAACCCGUACUGGAACUAGGCAGCUCCUUGAGUUCAAUUCUCAAGUCUUUAUACUUCUCCUUUCUGUUCAAGCCAACACUGUUUGGAUGAGACAUUUUGCUUCACUUCGCCUUCCUGGCUCAAGUCUCCCUCUCAAUGUGGAUCUGUCUUCUGGAGAUAAAGACUAAAACAAGACUAAGCUUGUGUAGCUAUUUAUUGAUUUGUUAUCAUGAGUCAAGGUAAAUCGAUAUCUGAGAUCAGCGAUACAACUGGUUGGGGUAAAGCUCCCACAUAAAAGUUUCCUCUCUUUUAAAAAGUUAAUUUGCUACUGUAUACAUUGUUCUUAUUUAUACUGUGUUGUGCUAUUUGACCAAUUAAACUGUGUUUACAACCAGUA